AUGUCUGAAUCACCAAAUCGUUCAAUAAGGUCUCAAACAACCGUGGGGCCCACCACGGUUGCCCCCCAACUAGUUACUGACCCCACUAUUUUAGACAGUGUAGCUGGUUUCAUAAAUGAUGUGGUCCCUACUACCCAUAAUGGCCCACAAGACACCAAAGAUCAGAUACAGUGGGCCCAUUUCGAACAGUUAGACUGUGAUGAGCCCCCCAUUUUGUGUAACAAUGACUAUGAGAAGCUGGCACCACCUGCUGUCAUUUUGGUGUUGGGAUAUACAACUGGAAUACAGGUUUGGGCCAUUCCUGCCAAUGGAGAAGCAACAGAGAUACUGUCAUGGAGGCAUGGUUCUGCUAGGAUAAUAAAAUUUUUGCCAACCCCUUUUGUGGUGGGCAACAACAAAAGAGAUAUUUUUGCUUCAAAGAGGCCUAUGAUUGGUAUUUGUGAUAGCUCUUCAACUGGGCCUCAAUUUAGUUCAUUGAAUUUUAUUUCAUUGAAAACAGGAGAACAGGUAAAGGUGAUAAAAUUUAAGAACCCGUUCCUGGGCAUCCUGGCUAACCGACGCUCGGUGGCGGCAACCUUCCAGGAGAAGAUCGCCGUCUUCGACGCCUUCACGCUGGAGGACCGGUUGACGGUGACCACGUGCUACCUGAGUCCAGGCCUGCAUCCCAAUCCGGUGGCGCUCGGCUCCCGGUGGAUGGCUUACGCCGAGAAGAAGUUGAACUGCUCGAAGAGGAGCAGCGGGGGCAACGACGGAGAAGGGGUGCAGAGUUACACUGCCACCGUUCUUCACGCAGCCAAGUCGUUGGGCAGAGGCCUCAGGGAGUUAGGGGAAAGUGUGGCUAGCAGUUUAACGGGAAGCGGCUCCUUCAAACCCGGCACCUCCCCCAACAGUCCCCAAUCAGGGGGGAUGUCGGACGUGCCCCAAAAGGGCAUCGUCACCAUCUUGGACAUUGAAAGUCCAUGUGCACAAUCUCAAGAAAAACCGCCUCCAGCUUGUGAUCCAAUUGUGGCUCACUUCACUGCACACACUGAAGCGAUUGUUUAUUUGAAAUUUGAUCCCAGCGGUCUGUUAUUGUUUACUGCUGACAAAAGGGGACACGAUUUCCAUCUUUUCAGGAUACAUCCGCACCCCGGCGGGCCAGCAUUGGCAGCCGUCCACCACCUGUACGUGUUACAUAGGGGCGACACGUCUGCCCGAGUGCAGCACAUGUGCUUCUCGCCCGACUCGCGUUGGGCGGCCGUUUCGACGUCGCGGGGCACGACGCACGUGUUCCCGGUCACCCCGUACGGGGGUCACGUGGGCGUGAGGACGCACGCGACGCCGCACGUGGUGAACAAGAUGUCAAGGUUUCAUAGGUCCGCAGGUUUAACAAUCGACGGGCGAUCGAACAGUCCAGUUUCGAUGUUCGAGGGGCCGACCAGCUCGAACUUUCCAUAUCACAAUCCACGGUUCCCACCAUAUCCGCACCCCACGGUGGUGCAUGCUUUGGCGCAAAUCAGGCAGCCAAUGCACGUGCAGAAUGUCGGCACGGCUCCUCAAAGAACGCAAAUAGGUCGACAAAGGUUGCCGUCAUCUUCGGAAGACACCGCCCCCUUGCGCGUCGUGGCCUGCUUCGCACAACCUCGAGCCUGGCUGGACGCGCCGCCUAGGGAGGUGCCGCUCAACAAGCAGCCGAAGCCGGUGGAAUCGCUGCUGGUGAUGUCUUGUCACGGCAUGCUCGUGCAGUACGAUUUGGACCCGCACCAGGUGCCCAACGUGCCCAAGGAGAGGGUGUCCAGCGACACGCCAAUCGAACUGACGGUACGCGCCAGGGCACAAUGGCCGCUUCACAGGCGGCCCGCUGCCUCUGACCUGGCGCCGCCCAUGACGGCCGACAACUUGGCGUACGUGGCGCGACAGGCGCCCUCUGGCGGCGUGGGCGGGAACGACAAGGAAGCUGACCGCGAGGACGAGCGAUGGCUGGCGCAGGUGGAGAUCGUAACGCACGCGGGACCGCACAGGCGGCUGUGGAUGGGGCCGCAGGUCACUUUCAAGACGUACACGACGACCAGCGGCUCUCCCAUGUCGCUGACGGAAGCCAUGCCGAUCGAUCUCGGCCACACCAAGCCUGUCAACAUGCCCAUCACCACAGCAAAUGCGGUGCUGAUCGAGUCGAGUUCGGCGUCGAGCUACGAGCACUCGCUGCUCGACGCGUACCACGGCAGGGGCGGGGAGGAGGAGGGGGGCGGCGGGAGAGGGGUGGGGGAGUCGCAACUGAAAGAGGACUUGGCUGACGCCAUGCUGGAGUCGCCGGGGAUACGGGAGACCGGUGGCCACUGCGUGAUCGUGCAAAUGAAACCGCCGGUCGCCAAGGUAGUCAACCCGCUGGGCACUGUCGUAACCGUCCAAUCGGACGACGACCCCGAAAUCGAGGUCUGCGAGGAAAUCAUCCACGAAAACUGCGACGAGGCCCUCUUCAGACCCUUCGUCACCCCCAAGGCCAUUCUUUGCCACGAAAAGACCAAGCGCUAUGGGGACAACAUCAUCACAAAGAGCUUGGAGGGUAAUACUGAGGUGGCGGUCAAGAUCCUCAAGAAAUCCAAGGGCAAACCUAGAGAAGCAUCGCCAAAGAGCGCCAAGGUCAAAGCUAAGGUUAAACCAAAGCCGGAUCCGGUGUUCGACAUUCCCGAUUUCAAGCCUCUGCCUUUGGAAGACGAAGAUAAAGCCUUCUGCUUCGAGCUACCUCCUUUGGACAACGAGGAUUUCUUCUCCUUGGAAAACCUGCAGAAGGCAGAUAACUUCGAGGAUGCGAGAGACUGCGAAGAAACUCUGAUAUUAGUCACGAAGCCCAAACCUAAGAGCUACAAUCUGGAGGACUCUUCGGAGAAUAACACCUCGGAGGAGAACGUUUUCGAAGACAAGACUUUCGCUAAGAGGCCGAGGAAGCCUAAGGCGAAGCUGGGAGUGAAGAUAGUAAACAUGGAUAAGGAAAAAGAGAAGACUUUCGAGGAUUGCUCUGCGGAGAUACCUCCACCUAGGAAGUCUUGGAGCAGCAUAGCAGCUUCCAAGCCCAAAGAGAAAAGCUUGAUGGGCGAGUUGGACUUGCCGAAGAUCGAGUUCAUGGAAGAGUUCACCAUCCAGUUACCGAAGAAGCCUUUUAUUUUGUCUGAACGUAUCGACAUAACGGAAAGAACUGUCGAAGAAGAUUCGAACAAGGGUUCGCUGAGCGUUUCUGAGGAUUUGGGUUUGCUGAAAGUGGAUAAAUCUUCUGACGAUGAGAAGGGGGAGUCCAGUUCUCCGGUGGAUACCACGGAGAGUGACGAUUCUGGGCGGGUGCCAGAGAUAUCGUCGGUGUUUGAGGAUUUGACCGCUUCUAAGACGACUGUCCCUCUCAGCAAGAAUUCUAGGAGGAGGAAGAAGAAGAAAUAA